AUGUGGGCACCCGCGGGGCCGUCAUGGCUAGUGGAACACCAGCCAUCAUUACCACCACCUGUUAGUAUUGUCCCCCCUCAAUCAUCAGUCGACUACAGUCCGCCCACGAAAUGGCCCAGGGCUACGACACCUGUUAAUUCGCGACCGACAGACUCCUUACUAUUAGGUACAUCUGCAGACUCAGGAGUUGGUCUGAGUCUCUCAUUCAACAGUCCGCCAAUAGUCAAUAGGGUAGAUCAAUGUAGAAUGUCUCCUGGGUUGAGGACUCCGACAUCGCGACCUGGGAUCCACAUGAGUGCCACGCCCUCACCCUUUCGAUCGUUCAGAUUGUCUUUCGCCUCACCAACUUUUAGCGAUCGAGCGCUACGAAUUUCUAACUCUGAAAAUGUAGUUGGAUUCCGGUAUCGCGGUGGUUCUAUUGAAAGGCCUCAGCGAAUAGCUGAGAUGACCGCUGCUCAUGCCAGUUCUGAAAUAAGCGGACCAGUUAACAGGUGCUUACAAAUGCCUUCAACUAGUGAUGAUGGGAGUCCUGACAAAACAUUGCCUAUGUUUAUGGGAGAUAUAUUUGAACCACAAGAAAUUGAGAGCAGU